UCCCUUCAUCUUCUUCUCUUCAAAACCUCUCUUUCCCCUUCAAAAUUUUUCCAUUUUUAACCUUACAACAAUGGCCAAAGGAGGCAAACUAACGAAACUCAAAUCUGUGUUAAAGAAAAUGCAAUCCUUCAAACUCGGCCGCGUAAAUGGCAGCGCCGUCGUAGCCACACAUCACUCUUCUUCCUCCUCCGACGACGAAGAUUCAUUUUCCGAUGAUAAUCACUGCUCCAACAAAAAUGUGUUUCCUGUCUAUGUGGGAAAAUCACGCCGCCGGUACCUCGUAAACUCCGACGUCGUCGACCACCCUCUUUUCCGUGAACUCAUCGAAAAGUCCGGCGAUUCUGAAGAAUAUAUUACAGUUGGAUGUGAAGUUGUUCUCUUUGAACAUUUGCUUUUGAUGCUUGAAAAUGCUGAUCCUCAACCUGAGUCAUUGGAUGAGUUGGUUGAAUUUUACUCUUGCUGAUGUGGAAUAACUGUCAGUAACUGAAAUGAAAAAAUAACUGUGACGUGGACGUGGUAAUUGGAUAUGGCCACCCACUAUCUCUCUCGUAUAUAGUUGUAAAUCUUUCUUUUCUUUUCUUUUUUGGUCAUAUGAUUUCGAUUAAUUAGUAGAGAGAGGGGAAAAAAAAGAAAGAAAGAAAAAAACAUGAUAAAGAGGAUUAAUUAUUAGCACAUUAAACCUAAUGGGUGAUUAUUGUUAUUCAGUCGGUGCAUGUUCCAUUCUUUCUCUGUAAUUUUACCCUUAUCCAUUUUGUCCUUCAAUUUC